GCCCCAGUGGCAUGAAAUGCUGCAGCAGCGUUUGCAAGGAAUGCUGUGGCAAUGGGCACUGCCAACCUGGGAAAGUCUGCUGUGACGGACAGUGCGAAGAUGGAGAAUGCUGUCCUGGACACGCAAACUGCUGCAACGGCACGAGAUGCACUGGUGGCACCAAAUGCUGUGAUGAACUGUGCAAGGCUUGCUGCAGUAACACGGACUGCAAAACUGGGGAGGUGUGUUGCAAAGGGCAAUGCGAAAAUCAGCAAUGCUGCUCAGGAGACCCAUAUUGCUGCAACGGGCAGCCAUGUCCAGCUGGCACUCGAUGCUGCAAUGCAGWGUGCAAGACUUGCUGCGAUGACAUGCACUGUGGCUCUGGCAUGRUCUGCUGCGAUGGACAAUGCCAAAGUGGUGAAUGCUGCCCUGGGAGCCCCAACUGCUGCGACGGAAAGACAUGCGUUGCAGGCACCCAAUGCUGCAAUGGAGUGUGCAAGGCUUGCUGCAGUAACACGGACUGCGGAUCUACAGAGGUCUGCUGUGAUGGACAAUGCCAAAGUGGUGAGUGCUGCCCUGGGAGCCCGAAUUGCUGCAACCGAAAGACAUGCGUUGCAGGCACCAAAUGCUGCUUUGGACUGUGCCAAGAUUGCUGCAGUGACACGGACUGCGGAUAUACGGAGGUCUGCAGUAAUGGACGAUGCCAGUGUGGUGUUAUGUGCUGCAGUAACGACGAGUGCUCGGCUUGGCUCUCGUGCCGCCAUGGACAAUGCGUGUGGUAACCUAUCCCCUGACCUGCGACCCCAUAUUGCCAGAAUCGACAGACAUGUCCUGCUGGCACCUGAUGCUGCGAUGGAGUGUGCAAGGCUUGUUGCAGUAACAACGAUUGCGAGGUUGGGAAUGUCUGCACUGAUGGACAAUGCACCGAGUACCACAUCCCCUGACCUGCGACCCCAUAUUUCCUGAAUGGACAGACAUGUCCUGAUGGCCCUUCGGUGCCGAAAGGCCGGAAAUUCAGUGUU